GGGGUAGUGAGGGGGGGAGCUUUCAGGAAGGAACAUAAGGGCUGUCAGACGGAUCUCCACCUGUUUUUUUUUUAGAGGAGGAGGAAUGGAGCGCUCCAGCAGGAACUCCAGACGCGUUAGGAAAACUUUGGUUAUGUUGUAAAAAAAAGAAAAAGAAAAAAUGGAGGAGGCUCAACCGUAGAAGAAACUGUUGCUGAUUUUUAGAAAAGAAUGGCGACGGAAAUUAAAUUAAAUGGGAGUGAACUUUUUGAAGUUGAAGUCGGUGAUGGUGGCGGUGGCAGUGGCAGUGGUGGUGGCGUGAUCUCCGGAGACAGCUGUUUCGUCGCUUCUGCCGCCUCCCUCCUGGAUGAUUUCUCCGGGUUUCAGCAGUGGUCGAGCCCCGCAGAGUCACCCACGGACACGUCAUCACCUCCGGCACAGCGGGAGCGCGGUGACGUAGCUGCUACCACCUUCCAAAAGAACAACAACAACAACAACGACAGUGACUCUGAGCUCUAUGGAGAUGGGCUCAGGGCUCAGAGGAGCUCCAUAGUUGACUGUCUCCUGGUGGAGCUGUAUGAGACGUACAGCGGAGGCAGCAGGAGGAAUGUGGACAGCUGGGAUAGCUCCACUGAAGCCUCCGGGUCUGAUGCCUUCUUGGGCCGCAGUAACAGCGGCUCCGGCUUCCUCCUGGAGCUCCAGGAGAAGCACACUAGGAGGCAUCAGAUGAACUACCUGGCCCAAAAAGCCCCGGAGGAGCUGCUUUCAAUCAUCCAGGAGGUCAAAUACCGCACGGGCCUGCAGUCGGCUAAGCUGCUUCGCCAGCUGAAGAGACGAGACCGACUCUGCCACAAGCUGCAGAAGAACUACGACAUUAUCACGGCGUGCCUUCAGGCUGUGUCGCAAAAAAGACGUGUUGACACAAGGCUGAAAUUUACCAUUGAACCAUCGCUGGGAAAGAAUGGAUUCCAACAGUGGUACGACGCCCUUAAAGCAGUGGCCCGACUCCCUACUGGGAUCCCGAAAGAAUGGAGGAAAAGGGUGUGGCUAACGCUAGCAGACCAGUACCUCCACAGUAUCUCCAUCGACUGGGAGAAGACGCUUCGUUUUGCUUUUAACGAGCGCAGCAACCCAGACGAUGACUCUCUUGGCAUCCAAAUCGUCAAGGACCUGCACAGGACGGGCUGCAGUUCUUACUGCGGCCAGGAGGGGGAGCAAGACCGGGUGGUGUUGAAGAGAGUGCUGCUUGCAUACGCCCGCUGGAAUAAAGCUGUGGGCUACUGCCAAGGAUUUAACGUCCUGGCUGCUCUCAUACUCGAAGUUACAGAGGGAAAUGAGAGCGAUGCACUUAAGGUGAUGAUCUAUCUGAUUGACAAAGUGCUGCCUGAGAGUUAUUUUGCCAACAACCUUCGAGCAUUGUCAGUGGACAUGGCAGUGUUCAGAGAUGUGCUGCGUCUGAAGCUGCCCAGGCUGUCGCAGCACCUCCACCACCUCCAGAAAGCUGCCAACAGAGAAGCAGGAGGCAGCUACGAGCCUCCGCUGACCAACGUGUUCACUAUGCAGUGGUUUCUCACCAUGUUUGCCACCUGCUUGCCGGCAGCCACCGUGCUGAAGAUCUGGGACUCGGUUUUCUUUGAGGGGUCGGAGGUGCUGUUUCGGGCCGCCCUCGCCAUCUGGGAGAGACUGGGAGAGCGGAUUGAGUAUUGCCAGACGGCGGAUGACUUUUACAGCACGAUGGGUUGCCUCACUCAGGAGAUGCUGGAGCGCAACCUCAUUGAUCCUGCUGAACUCAUGCAGGAGGUUUACUCCAUGGCGGUGUUUCCUUUUCCUCAGCUGGCCGAGCUGAGAGAGAAAUACACCUACAACAUCACUCCGUUCCCUACCUCAGUCAAAUCCAAUGGAAGUGGUGGUCUGGGCGGCUGGGAGAGCGACGACGAUGCCGACAUGGACGAUGAAGACUCUGUGGUGACGGCGCUCGGCUGUUUGGGGCCUCUGGGUGGCUUGCUGGCCCCCGAGCUGCAGAGAUACCAAAAACAUCUCAAAGACCAUCGAUCAGAGACGGGCAACAUCGCAGAGCUGAGUCCAGGAGCGGUUGGUGCUGGUGGGCAAGGAAGUGGAGGAGGAGCAGGAGGCGCAGGAGGAGGUGCCAAGGCAGAGCAUCAAGCAGCCAUCAACAGCAUGAUGAUGGAGAGAAUGAGCACAGACAUCCAUGCGCUGAAGAAGCAAUACGCUCGAAUCAAGAGGCGGCAGCAGCAACAGGCUAUGCAACUCUACAUACGCACAGGACCUGGACCUGAAGUGGCCACAAGUCCAGGAGUUCUUCAGGAGCUUUCCAACAAACACAGCGAUGGCUCUGACCAUCAAACUGACGACAAGUGCCCUGCAACCCGUGUCCUUGCCUCCCAACUCAAUUCCUCCAGCACAGUGAUCAACCACCUCCUUCUGGGUCGGAAACCAUGUGCAGGUCCCUGGGGCUCCAGGCCAACAUCAACAAGCACGUCCACACUGCCAGGAGCCCAACUCACUUCUCUGUCCCAGACUCAAGGCUCCCCAGGCAGGCAGCGCUAUGGCUCAUUGCCCUCUAACAGCAGCGGAUCUCCAGGGAGCUGUGGUGGAGGCACAGGGUCACCCUGGCGCGCUCAUGUCCGGGUUCAUCGGAGGAAUGUGGCCAGGGCCCGAGCACAGCUGGGAUUUGGAGAUUCAGAGGAAAGGGAAGAGGAGGAAGAGGAGGCGGAGGAUGAGGAGGAAGGAGAAAAAGAAUCAGUGGAUGAAACAAACAGGAAGAUUGAGGAAGAGGAGGGAGAUGAUGAGGAUGAGGAGGAGAAAGAGGGGGCCGAAGAAGGGUGUGACUCGUCUGUGCCUCCAUCUCCUGAUCCCUCUGGUACAGGGUCGGUAUGUGAAGAGGCUCCACAGGUUGAAGAUGAGACAAAAGAAGCAGAAGUUGGAGACGUAGUGGUGCGACUGGGCUCCCUGGAUCUUGAGUCCGAAUCAGACCAGACCUCCUCCAGCAACACAAACGUAGAUACACAACCCACACUACCUGAGUCUACACCUGCACCUGUCGUCCCUCUUCUUCCUCCACCACCGUCCUCAAACAGACACAAAGAGUCUGACUCCUCUGGUUCAGAAAGAAACACCGACUCUGACAGACACUCUUCCUCCAUCGCUCUCCCUCCACCUCACCCCUCCUCCAGCUCCUGCAUCCCUUCUUCCUCACCUUCCACUCCGAGUCCGUCCCCGUCCCCGGUCCUUACAUCAGCUUCUGUUGAUCUGUCCUGCACCUCUUCCCCUACACCACCCUCCACUCCUACCCCGCACUCCACAUCCCGUCUCCCAACAUCCCUAUCGGUGAAUGGUUUGUGCAAUUUUUCCACCCCCACCUCUUCCACCUUUUACAAAACCUCCUCCCCCUCUACGGGUUCACUCUCCUCUGUCGCCUCAUCAUCUGGAUCUCGUAUUUCCUCCUCCCCGUCCACACCGGCGUUCCCGUCCACCUCCACGUCUAAACAGCAAAUCUACUCCCCCUUCCCUUCUGUAAAGCAGCCCAGGAAAUCGGCGGCAGCCAGAAACCUCGGCCUCUACGGCCCCACAUCCAGAACACCCACAGUACACUUUCCCCAGCUGAGUCGCAACCUCAAUCGUAGUAGUGCUGCCGGCACCACUGGGAGGCGAUAAAAAAAAAACUGCUGCUGGAAACACAAAGAUGUUACAUGAUAUGAAAAAUCAUUCUGUAAUUGCACCGUGUUGCCUCCUGCGUAUUGAGGAAAUAACUUGUAUAGUAUUUGAAUUAGAUUCAGACUUCUAGAAAUAUAAAGUUAUGUGUGGGGAAUUUACUGGCUAUCACGGUUUGAAUGUUAAAAUUGUGAUUCACCUAAGAAAAGAAAAGGGUCAUCCUGAAAUACACAAGCCACCUAAGACACCACGAGUGAUCAUCGAGAAGGCAUUUCUAGCAUAGGAAACGACUUGUGGUUUGUUUGGUUUAGAGUUUCGGCUGCAUGGGUACUAUUUGACUGUACAACAGGGGAGAAGGACGCAAGAAUAACAAAUUAUUACAGUAUCAAGCCCUUUAUAGUGGCGUAUGCAGGUCCUUCUUGAUCAUAAUGGGUCUACUAUAAAAUAAAUAAGACCUCAGAUGUGAAGCAGAACCAUAUUUUACAGUCUCUCUACAAAGUGUCUUGGGUGAGACACGAAGUUACAGCAUCUGUAUUUCUUCUACGGUGGUUUGUGAUGAUGAAAAACAGGACUGAAACAUAAAGAGAUUCUGUUCAGGACAAAUGUCUCCAUCUGGGUCCAAGGACCAUAUUUAAUCACAUAAUGAAGUAAAGUUCCUAUAUGAGAUUACACAAUAGCCAUCCAGUUGUUUCUAUGCCAAGUAUAUGUAAAAAAAAAUAACACGAGAAACAACAGAUGCCUAAGAAUUUUUGCAAAUGAAGGUAGUGUGUGCCAAGAAAAGUGGCCCAAUCUUAAAACCUGUGUCCUGAAGCACUUAAAAUGUUUUUGUUUUGUCUAACAGUUAAAAAAAAAACACUCCUGUAUGUGUAAUCUUUGUUUGCAAAUUUACUGUUGAACACGAGGAAUGUAAUGU